UGUUGUCCCUCAGAAGAGCACCCCUCCCCCUUUAAAACUGAAAGCCUGCUUUAACCGUGUUUCACUGUGGUUUGGUGGUUUACCCCCGCUGUGGGGCUCUUCGGAAUAAAGGAUCUUUGUACGAGUUUCGGUGUUCGGCAGCGGGAGGGAGUGCGUGUUUACAGACAGCAGGUCCGGACAUUGAGGCUCGCUCGCGGCUGGGGAACCGGGCCGGGUGGGGCCGCGCUGAGGGGCGGGGCCUGCGCGGAGGUGACGCUCCUUUGACUCAUUUGUUUCACCGUUAGCAGCGGCAGCAGCAGCAACAGCAGCGGAGAGACGACCGACGAAACCGAGAGGCUCACACCAAGGAAAUUUUCUGGAGAGCCUUUCGCCGUUCGCUCAGGUUUGCUCCGACGCUGUUCCUUUGACCGCUGACGUCAAAGAUGUCGAUGCACAUGGGGGAGAUGGAGAGCGGCUCGGUGAAGGUGACCGAGUGGCAGCAGACCAUGUACGGCCUGGACUCGGGCAUCCAGUCCGGAGCCACCACGGUCCGAGACGACGACGGCGACUUCACCAGCAGCAGGCAUUACACCACGACCACCACCGUCACCCAGGGGAUGCCCGACCUGGACGCCCAGUACUCCUUGACCAGAGCCCAGCGCAUCCGCGCCGCCAUGUUUCCUGAGACCUUGGAGGCCGGCACCACCAUCCUGUCCACUCAGACGGACCCGUCCCAGAUGACUAACGUCCAGCGGCUGGCUGAGCCGUCUCAGAUGCUCAAGGCGGCCAUCAUCCACCUGAUCAACUACCAGGAUGACGCCGAGCUGGCCACUCGCGCCGUUCCCGAGCUCACAAAGCUGCUCAACGACGAAGACCAGGCAGUGGUCAGCAAGGCCGCGCAGAUCGUCAACCAGCUGACUCGGAAGGAGGCGUCGCGGCAGGCGCUCAUGCAGUCGCCGCAGAUGGUGGCGGCAGUGGUGCGAGCCAUGCAGAACACGGGUGACAUGGAGACGACCAGAGCCACCGCCAGCAUCCUGCACAACCUGUCCCACAAGAGGGAAGGGCUGCUCGCCAUCUUCAAGUCUGGCGGGAUUCCCGCGCUCGUGCGCAUGCUCAGCUCGCCCAUGGAGUCUGUGCUCUUCUACGCCAUCACCACACUCCACAACCUGCUGCUCCACCAGGAGGGCGCCAAGAUGGCCGUGCGUUUGGCUGACGGCCUGCAGAGGAUGGUUCCACUGCUGAAGAAGACCAACCCCAAAUUCCUGGCCAUCACCACGGACUGCCUGCAGCUGCUGUCGUACGGAAACCAGGAGAGCAAGCUGAUCAUCCUCGCCAACGGCGGCCCCGAGGGUCUGGUCCACAUCAUGAGAAACAACAACUACGAGAAGCUGCUGUGGACCACCAGCCGCGUGCUCAAAGUGCUGUCCGUGUGCCCCAGCAACAAACCGGCCAUCGUGGCUGCAGGUGGGAUGCAGGCUCUGGGCAAACACCUGAACGGCUCCAGCCAGCGCCUGAUGCAGAACUGUCUGUGGACUCUGCGGAACCUGUCCGAUGCCGCCACCAAGGAGGACGGAUUGGACAGCCUGCUGCAGAUGCUGGUGACGCUGCUCGGCUCAGAAGACCUCAAUAUGCUCACCUGUUCCGCCGGCAUCCUGUCCAACCUCACCUGCAACAACGGCUUCAACAAGUCCCUGGUCACCCAGAGCAACGGCAUCGAGAAGCUGAUCCACGCCAUUCUGCGCGCCGGGGAGAGGGAGGACGUGACCGAGCCGGCCGUCUGCGCCCUGCGCCACCUGACCUCUCGCCACGCACAGGCAGAGGUGGCACAAAACGCAGUGAGGCAGCACUACGGCAUCCCCGUCAUCAUCAAGCUGCUGAACCAGCCCUACUACUGGCCUAUUGUGAAGGCGGCGGUGGGUCUGAUCCGGAACCUGGCCCUGUGUCCGGAAAACCAGAUGCCCCUGAGAGAUGCCAUCCCCCGCCUGGUCAACCUGCUGCUCAAAGCACACCAGGACGCGCAGAAGCACGGCUCGUCCAACCAGCAGACGUUCCAGGAUGGAGUGAGGAUGGAGGAGAUUGUGGAGGGCUGCACCGGAGCUCUGCACAUCCUGGCCAGAGAUCCCACCAACAGAAUGGAGAUUGCCAGCCUGCAGACCAUCCCCCUGUUUGUCCAGCUUCUCUACUCCCCAGUGGAAAACGUGAAGCGCGUGGCCGCCGGCGCCCUCUGCGAACUGGCGCUCGACAAACAGUCAGCCGAGAUCAUUGACGCCGAGGGCGCGUCGUCUCCUCUGAUGGAGCUGCUGCACUCAAACAAUGAGGGCAUCGCCACGUAUGCAGCCGCUGUGCUUUUCCGCAUCUCUGAGGACAAAAACUUGGACUACAAGAAGCGCGUGUCCGUGGAGCUCACCCACUCCCUGUUCAAACACGACCCAGGCGCCUGGGAGAUGGCCCACAACACCAUCUCCAUGGAGCCUCCAUUCCCAGAUGAGCUCGACGGCGGCUACCAGGGGGGGUUUGGACAAUACCAGGGAGACAUGCCCAUGGACAGAAUGGACGACAACAUGAUGCACGAAGAUUACCAACAGGGCAUACCCUUCGACAGCCCAUACCAGGGGCAAUAUUAACGAGGAUGGAGGAGGAGCCCAGACAAGGAGGAGGAGAACAGGAAGCCGCAGCGUGUUCCCUCCACUCCCCACACGAUGUAAAAUAUGCAAUUAUCACAGAAUAUGGGACUCAUAAUCUUAACAGGGCUGAACUUGUGUUUUAUAGACUAAUUUUACUGAUUCUAGUUCAGGCGCUGAGGCUUCAGCUGUGUGUGUGUUUCUGCUUCUGGGUGGGUGUUCAACGCCAAAGAGAUUUUAUUUUGUUAUGAUAAUCAUGUAGCUUCCUUUUUUAUGAGAAACAAAAGAAUAAUGGUUGAAAACUCUGCAUGCUCCACGCCGCCGCCGCUCGUGUGACUUUGGGGGCGUGGCCACCGCUUCAGAAGAAGGGCAGCCGAUGGAUGUGUGGACUCGUGAGACGUUUGGAGCAAACUACUGACAGGGAACUUUGUCUUUGUACUUCAGAGUUUUUACUGAAAAUCUGUUUAUAAAAUAAAGAUUAUAUUAAAUUGC